AUGAAGACCACGGCUUCCCCCAAUAUCAUCUCCAGUGCAUUGGCACAACUGGUCACCAAUGCUACGGAUGUUCAAAACCGCACCUCGCCGCACACCUGCAGCAUCGAAGAGUCGUACAAGUACGUCACUUUGCCUCUCUGCUACUCUCUAACGUUCUUGCUCAGCAUCAUCCUGAACUCCACGGUCCUCCUGCGUUCCUACCGCUGUAGGGGAGGCCACCAGUGGAACACUUCUCUGAUCUACAUGGUCAAUCUGGCAUCCACAGAUCUGAUGUACAGCUUCUCUCUUCCAUUCCUCGUGGCUAGCUACGUGAUGCGUGACCAUUGGGUCUUUGGAGACUUCAUGUGCAGACUGGUGCGUUUUCUAUUUUACUUCAAUCUUUACUGCAGUAUCUUCUUUCUUACCUGCAUAUCCGUGCAUCGCUACAUGGGCAUCUGCCAUCCGAUCAGAAGCAUCACUUUGGAGAGCAAGCGGGCGGUUAGAGGCAUCUGUACUGCCGUGUGGGUCGUGGUGUUCAUACUUACCUGCCCCAUCGUCCGAUUUGCCAAAACCGGUGAUGUGACAAGGAAGUUGGUGGAUGGCGUGAACGAGGGGGUGGAACUUUGGUCAGCAGGAAGUGUGAAUGCAGGGAAGGUGGAAGUUUACAGGAACUGUUGGGACGAUGCCAUAGACAGCGAGUUUUCUGAGUAUGUACCCUACGGGAUCGUUCUGCACGUACUCGGCUUCUUUUUUCCUUUUAUCGUCAUUGCGUGGUGCUACUCGCAGGUGGUGCGUACUAUUUUUCAGACGCUGCACUCACAACCCCGCACACAGGAGGAAGGAGGAAUGUGCAGCGGGACAGAAGGGGUCAAGGACAGGACGUCCGUCUCCAUCUCUGGCUGUCAGCACGCUCCGUACAUCAGCAGGCGCCGGAAGUCCAUCAAAACCAUCAUCACCAUCACGUUUCUGUUCGCCCUGUGCUUUCUGCCCUUUCACAUCACACGUACGCUCUUUCUCAUCCUCAAAGAAACAAAGGCAGCCGAGUGCCAAACCAUGAAAAUGGUCUCCAUUUGUUACAAAAUCACUCGGCCUCUGGCAUCCUGCAAUUCGUGGCUCAAUGCACUGCUUUAUUUCGUAACUGGGGACAAAAGCUUGGCCUGCUGCGGACGGACCAGCACCGCUCAUAACACCCACCUUCUCUGGCCCUUACAGAUUCUAGGAGGACAAAAAGAAGCAGAUCAAGAGCACCAGAAUCAAAAUAAAGCGGAUGAAGGGCAUGAGAGUGACUCAAAAUCCUCAGGAAUGACAUAGAUUGACUACUGGUGGUCAGGAACACAGGAAAGACUUUCUCAAAGGGACUGUUUCAAUGCUCUAAAUAUUAUUUAUUGUACAUUAAUAU